AAAGCCCCAGGACGGAACGAGUCCAUCUCUCUUUAAAUGGAGUUGGUUGUGCAGCUGCAGUAUAACCAAUACUGCACUUAUUACCCAGACAAAGACAAGGCUCAUUUGAGAGAGAGAGAGAGAGAGAGAGAGAGAGAGAGAGGCAGAGAGGCUCUGUUCUUCUUCCUCUCUCUGUACAAUGAAUGGCAGCACUACGGAGAGGUCUGCUUGGAAGAGAUCAAAACCCAGAUCAGAGAUGGAUCCGAAAGUCAUCAGCUUAGACAGUACUAAGAAGAAGAACAAGAAAAACAUGAAAUCCGAGAACAGAAACAAACCCGCCAAGAGGUGCUGUUUGGUUACGUUUGAGGAAUUGCCGGAGUACAUGAAGGACAACGAGUACAUACUGAAUUAUUACAGAGCCAAUUGGCCUCUCAAAGAUGCCUUUUUCAGCUUGUUUCGUUGGCAUAAUGAGACUCUCAACGUUUGGACGCAUUUGUUGGGGUUUGCCCUUUUCGUGGGGUUGAUGGUUGGUAAUCUGAUGGAUGUGCCUCAGGUGGCAGAUAUCUUCGGUAUAUUUGUCAGCCCUUUUCCCUCAAAUGCGGAGGCCAACGUCUCUCACAAUUCAAACGAUUUCUUUUCGGGGGCAACAAACUUCAACUUGAAGAAGCAGUCAGCAGCGCUGGGAAUGACGGUCACAUCGCCCGAAACCUCUGCUACUCGGUGGCCGUUCUUCGUCUUCUUGUGUGGCUCCAUGUUCUGCCUCCUCUCAAGCAGCACUUGCCACCUCUUCGCUUGCCAUUCCCACAACUUAAACAUCCUACUGCUGAGAAUGGACUACGUUGGCAUCGCGGUCAUGAUCAUCACCUCCUUCUUCCCUCCUAUUUUCUACAUCUUCCAAUGUGAGCCGAUCUGGCAGAUCGUUUACCUCACCGGAAUCUCAGUCAUGGGUGCUUUCACCAUUGUAACCCUAUUGACGCCUGCUUUUUCGACCGGUAAAUUUCGUGGCUUCCGUGCAAUGCUUUUCGUGGCCAUGGGACUAUUCGGGCUUGUACCCGCGGUCCAUGCCGUGGUUGUGAACUGGAAUGAGUCUAGGAGGAAUGUUACCCUAGCUUAUGAAUUGGUCAUGGCACUAGCGUAUUUGACAGGGACCGCGUUUUAUGUCACGCGGAUCCCAGAGAGGUGGAAGCCGGGGUUUUUCGACCUAGCCGGACACAGUCAUCAAAUAUUCCAUGUUUUUGUGAUAUUGGGUGCAUUGGCUCAUUAUGGGGCUGCACUUGUGUUUCUGGAAUUUCGCGGCGAAGUAGGCUGCGGUCGGACUAAGUGAGGUGUUGGUGGAUUUGUGCUUGCAUUCGUAGGAAUGAAUGUUCGAGCCUUUAGAGAGAUUGAAGUGUUUGAUUAAUUUGUUGUAUCAUUGUCAUAUAAUAGAUUCAAUUAUUGAAGACUGGAUCUUGUUUUGCUGCUCUCUGAGAGUAUGCAUUAUGAAGUAGGUUGAUCUGAUGUAGAACAUCAUCUUUGGAAUUUCAAGUACAGGGAUUCUGAAAA